CUUAAGAGAUCCACUCGACUUACGGGACCACAGUUAUCUGAACAUUUUUUAUCGCAACAUCAUUUGAUAUUAGCGAUAAGAUGCAUACAUUGCGCGCCGCUUGAAAACGCUGCUAGAGGCUUGCGACUUUUGCGAUUCUACUUUUUUUUAGAACCGAGCGGCAUUAUACACCCAGUCCUCCCAAAAUCAUAAUUUCUCUAUCAAGAUUUAUCCACCAUCAUGUCAGCCGCUAUUAGUGAACCCGAAAAGAAGCCAGAGUCUCUAGGCAUGCGCAAGAAUGGCAAGCAAUGGCAUCCGCCGCGAAAGGCAUUCCGCCCCGGAUCUGGCCUAACUUCCUAUGAGCAACGAGCAAAACUGCGCACGGCGACGGCGGCUACGAAGGCGAGAGAAAAGGAAAUGAAAGAAGAAAAGGAAACAGAAAGACAGAAACGAGUUCAAGCCAUCAAAGAGAAGCGCGCAGCAAAGGAGGAAAAGGAGAGAUAUGAGAAGAUGGCAGAGAAAAUGCACAAGAAACGAGUCGAACGCUUGAAGAGGAAGGAAAAGCGCAACAAGCUCCUUAACUCAUGAGCCGACUAAACAUCAGGAUUAUAUCUACGAUUACUUACUUCCCUUAGUUACACACGAAGCAGUGCUGGCCCUUGGGAUAUGUGUGGGUCGAUUUAAUGAUGGCAGCGGCGAAAGCAGCCUACGGGAUUCAGAAUUGUCUUUGUAUCAGUGGAUUCUCGAUGGAUUCUGAGAGGCUUAUGAGCACAAAACCUAUCAGGAAUUAGGAUCCGGAUUGGCUUAUUAUUCGCGACCGACAAAGACUAAAUAGUACCCAACAGAUAGGAUUCCGCAGUAUCAUACCGGAAUCAGGACUCCCAACAUGACAGCUUGAGAUAGGCCAGGCAGACAGGCAGGCAGACAGGCAAGGGUAGGGACUGAUGGUGUCCUAUGAAGUAAGAUAAUGUCUAACUUCACGAGGGUCGAUACAGCUAGUAAUAUAACAUCACACCUACAGGCUACACUACUACGUACAACUUGAAAUCUUCUAUUCAAUAUUUACUCUUGUGUCAUUGUGUUGGGUCAACAGUACUACGUGAUAUUUACGAUAUUUACGAAACUACUAUGUAAUGUACCUAGAUACCUAGUUAGAGAAUAGUUUCAGCUACAUAUAACAGGUACCUAACCUAUGGAA